CGUCUUUUCACACGCUGUAAGCUCACUCUGCUGUUUCACUGCCCUGCAGCCGUAACUUUUAAAUGAAGCGGUCGGCCUAGCCGCCCCUACAUUCCUCAACUCAUCGUUUCCGUCACCUUCAGUCCUCGUGAUAGUAAAGCGAAUCACCGUUUCCUUCUGUUUUCAUUCUCGUUCGAGGUCGCCGCUCUGCUUCUUCUCCUUCUUCGUGCUUCGACGCAGCGCGCAGCCCCACCGAGUCCGUGACCAUCAUCGUUCUAGGUUCCUCGAAGGAAAUCAAUUGAGGUUACCCAUAGCAGCAUCAAAUCUUUUGCCUUGGUAACAGGGAUUUGCUACUACGGUCAUGGCAGCCACACACCUUUUCUCUUUUUCUCCUUCACUUCCUAAAGCUCGAACCUACCCUUUAAAUCAUAACCGUUUUACCCAAAACCCAACUCUAUCCCUCAAACCUACUGCGCGAUCAUGUCUUCUUAGAGCAGUUCUAUCCCAGAAUACUGAUAAAACUUCAUUACAGGACCCUAAGACGACUAAGUUUCAGCAUUGUUUCACCAAGUCUGAAGAUGGAUAUUUAUAUUGUGAGGGGCUUAAAGUGCAGGAAGUUAUGGAAUCUGUUGAGAGAAGGCCUUUCUACUUAUACAGUAAACCUCAAAUUACUAGAAAUGUUGAAGCCUAUAAGUCAGCUUUGGAAGGCUUGAGGUCUGUUAUUGGUUAUGCUAUCAAGGCCAACAAUAAUUUGAAGAUUCUGGAACAUGUAAGGCAUUUGGGUUGUGGAGCAGUGCUUGUUAGCGGAAAUGAGCUUAGGCUAGCUCUUCGUGCAGGGUUUGAUCCCACAAGGUGUGUCUUUAACGGGAAUGGAAAAAUCCUAGAGGAUUUGGUCUUGGCUGCCCAAGAAGGUGUUUUUAUCAAUAUUGAUAGUGAAUUUGACCUGGAAAACAUUGUAGCAGCUGCAAGAAUUGCUGGUAAAAUGAUUAAUGUCUUGCUUAGGAUUAAUCCUGAUGUGGAUCCACAGGUCCAUCCUUAUGUUGCCACUGGGAACAAAAACUCCAAAUUUGGCAUUAGAAAUGAGAAGCUUCAGUGGUUUUUGGAUGCUGUGAAGGAACACCCUAAUGAGUUAAAACUUGUAGGGGCCCACUGUCAUCUUGGCUCAACAAUUACCAAGGUGGACAUUUUCAGGGACGCUGCUGUUAUCAUGGUCAACUACAUUGACCAAAUUCGAGCUCAAGGUUUUGAAGUUAAUUAUUUAAAUAUUGGUGGUGGACUUGGGAUAGAUUAUUAUCAUUCUGAUGCUGUCCUUCCUACACCCAGAGAUCUCAUUGAUACUGUACGGGAGCUUGUCCUUUCGCGGGAUCUUAAUCUCAUCAUUGAACCAGGGAGAUCACUCAUAGCAAACACUUGUUGCUUAGUCAACAGGGUGACAGGGGUCAAAACUAAUGGAUCUAAAAAUUUCAUUGUGAUUGAUGGAAGCAUGGCUGAACUUAUACGUCCUAGUCUAUAUGAUGCCUACCAGCAUAUAGAGCUGGUUUCCCCUGCUCCAGCAAAUGCUGAUACAGCAACUUUUGAUGUGGUUGGCCCUGUUUGUGAGUCUGCAGAUUUCUUAGGAAAAGAAAGAGUACUUCCAACGCCGGCCAAGGGUGCUGGUUUAGUUGUUCAUGAUGCUGGUGCUUACUGCAUGAGCAUGGCAUCAACCUACAAUCUUAAGAUGCGGCCUCCUGAGUAUUGGGUUGACGAUGAUGGAACAGUGGCCAAAAUCAGACACGGAGAGACAUUUGAAGAUCAUUUGCGGUUCUUUGAGGGCCUCUGAGUGGAGAAUUCAAUUUUAGUGGGUUACAAGGCUUGAAUUUUGUUUGAAAUGUAUUAUGAGAUUGUUUCUUCGAUUACAUUGGGGUCAAACUCUUGAUGGUAGAAGCAGAUUGUUCCUGUGUGGCUCUUGCUUUUUAAUAAAUUAUCUAGCAUUCAGAUUUA